UGAGGAGCAAGAAGAAAGCACGACACAGCUGAACCAGGCAAGCUCAAGCAACAUCCAGUCUGCUUUCAUCACAGGAGGUUCUAACACUGAUAACAGCAAUGAAGUUCUCGGGCUCUUUCCUGUACCUGGUUACCUUGGCGCUGCUGGGGCAUGGUGUGCCGUCUGCAAUGGGACGAAGGCUGCAUUUUGGGAAGUGUGUGGUCAGCGUCCAGAUUCACGAGCUGAGGGACUAUAUCAGUGAGAUAAGAAAAACAAUUGUUGGUGAAGACGGGAAUUCAGGUGUUCGACUGCUGAAGGAACAUGCAUUGAUGAAUAUUAAGCCCUUGGAGAGUUGCUGCUUCCUUCGUCAACUCUUGCGGUUCUACAUGGAGAGCGUGUUCAACCACUACACCCCGAAGGACUCUCAGAUCAGGAGACGCACCAGCAGCCUGGCCAACUCAUUCCUCAGCAUCAAUCGAGACCUGCGCCAAUGUCAUGCACAUCUGCACUGCCAAUGCGACGAAGAAACCAAGAUGAGAAUUGAAGCUAUCCAGAGCACUUUUGAAAAGUUGGAUGUCAAUGCUGCCACUGUGAAGGCCAUUGGUGAGCUGGAUUAUCUAUUGGACUGGAUAGAAACACACCACUGAAGAAACUCAUGAAUAGCCCUUUCCUGGACACUAGAUACAUAGAUAGACAGAUA